UAAACUAGAUUUCAGAUACAAAAAGCAAAGAAACUUCAUCUCUCUCUCUUUCAGAGACUCUGAUCUGUGCAAUUUCCUUGUUACCCUAGUCUCAUGGCAUCCUCGUCUUCUUUACCUCAGACCUGGAGAUACCGUGUCUUCACGAGCUUCCACGGCCCGGACGUCCGUAAAACGCUGCUCAGUCAUGUACGCAAACAGUUUAGUUGCAACGGGAUUUCGAUGUUCGAUGAUCAAUGGAUCGAGAGAAGCCAAACCAUUGCUCCUGCACUCACACAAGCGAUUAGAGAAUCCAGGAUCUCCAUCGUGGUGCUCUCGAAGAAGUAUGCUUCUUCCAGCUGGUGUUUGGAUGAGCUGGUCGAGAUUCUCAAGUGCAAGGAAAGUAUGGGACAAAUUGUGAUGACGGUCUUUUACGGAGUAGAUCCAUCUCAUGUUCGGAACCAGACCAGAGAUUUUGGGAUUGCUUUCGAUGAAACUUGUCAAGGCAAGACAGAGGAGAAGAUACGAAUAUGGAGACAGGCUUUGACCAAUGUGGGAAACAUAGCGGGAGAACACUUUCUAAACUGGGACAAUGAAUCGAUGAUGAUUGAAAAGAUUGCUAGAGAUGUUUCAAACAAACUAAACACUAGAAUCUCUAGAGACUUUGAAGACAUGGUGGGUAUUGAAACACAUUUGAAGAAGUUGCAGUCUUUGUUACAUUUAGAUGAUGAGGAGGAAGCUAUGAUAGUUGGAAUCUGUGGCCCUGCAGGCAUUGGCAAGACUACCAUUGCCAGAGCCUUGCAUAGCCGAUUCUCUAACAGUUUCCAGCUUACUUGUUUUAUGGAGAAUGUUAGGGGAAGCUGUAACAGUGGCCUUGACGAGUAUGGAUUGAAGAUGCAUCUGCAAGAAAACCUUCUUUCAAAGAUUUUGAACCAAAAUAGUAUGAAAGUAUACCAUUUAGGUGCGAUACAGGAAAGACUAUGCGACCUAAAAGUGCUUAUUGUUCUUGAUGAUGUGGACGACCUGAAGAAACUUGAGGCUUUGGCUGAUGAAACUAGGUGGUUUGGUCCUGGAAGCAGGAUUAUCGUAACCACAGAAGACCACGAGAUUUUGGAGCAACAUGGUAUCAGCAAUACAUACCAUGUGGAUUUUCCAACUAGUGAAGAAGCUCGUCAGAUCUUCAGUAGAUUUGCUUUUAGACAGAGCUAUCCGCCCUACAAUUUUGGAAGACUUGUGGAAAGAGUAACAAAGCUUUGCAGCAGCCUUCCAUUGGGUCUCCGUGUCAUGGGUUCAUCUUUGCGCGGAAAGAAAGAAAAUGAGUGGGAAGUUAUUCUGAAUAGGCUAGAAAAUAGCCUUUGUCAAGAUAUCGAGAGAGUACUCAAAGUUGGAUACGACAAUUUACAUGAGAAUGAUCAAUCUUUGUUUCUUCACAUUGCAUGCUUUUUCAACUUGGAGAAGGACGAUUAUGUGAUGGCCAUGCUCUCUGACGGUAACUUGGAUGUUAGACUAGGGUUAAAAACCCUGGCGUAUAAAUCUCUAAUAGAAAUAUCCACCGAAGGUGUAGUAGUGAUGCACAAGUUACUACAACAAAUGGGUUCACAAGUUGUUCAAAGACAAGAGCCUUGGAAACGCCAAAUCUUAAUUGAUGCUCAUGAGAUUUGUGAUGUCCUGGAAACUGAUUCGGGUAGUAGAAGUGUGACGGGUAUAUGUUAUGAUACAUCCACAAUCCAAGAUGAGGUGUAUAUAAGGGCGGGAGCUUUUAAGAGAAUGCGCAAUCUUCGAUUUCUCAGCAUCUACAAGACAAGAUUUGAUAGAAAAGAUAGAGUGCAUGUACCUGAGGACAUGGAUUUUCCAUCUCGACUAAGGUUAUUGCAUUGGGUGGCAUACCCUAGAAAGUGUCUUCCUCAUACAUUUUGUCCCGAAUAUCUUGUGGAACUCAAUAUGCCGGAGAACGAGCUCGAGAAGCUUUGGGAAGGACCACAGCCCCUUACAAAUCUCAAGAGGAUGAAUCUGAACGGGUCCAAGCAUCUGAAGGAAUUCCCGGAUCUUUCAAAUGCUACGAAUCUUGAGGGUUUGUUUCUGGAUAACUGCGAAAGUUUGGUAGAGAUUCCAUGCUCUAUUGGAAGUCUUCAUAAAUUAAAGUAUUUGUAUAUGGCAAACUGUUUGAAUCUACAACAUGGUCCGACUCACUGUAAUUUAGCAUCUCUUGAAGUUUUCCAGCUGAUAGGAAGCCGGAACUUGAGGAAAAUUCCAGAUCUUUCCACCAACAUCAAAACACUCGUAGUCACGGACACAGUGUUGGAAGAAAUGCCUGACUCAUUUAGACAUUGGUCUCGCCUUACGCGUCUCUGUAUAUUUGGCUGUGAGCCAACUCUUGAGAAACUUCCAGACUUCAUCAAAUACCUUCAUGGGUUAACAGUGCUUCAGUUACUAAACUUGCGAAAACUUGCAUCGCUGCCAGAGCUCCCUGCCUCGCUCACAAGUCUAACGGUAGCCUCUUCUGUAUUACUGGAGACGGUACCCUUCUCUUUUGACUCUACAAUUGAGAUUCUCUAUUUCCCCAACUGCUUCAAAUUAGGCAGAGAAGCAAGCAGAGUAAUUACGACGAUUGCAUUGCAUGCAUUCCUACCUGGAAGCAAAAUGCCUGCGGAGUUUGAUCACCGAGCUAUAGGAAACUCCCUGAUCAUUCGUUCGGAUUUCAAAAGAUUUAGGAUUUGUGUCGUGAUUUCCCGUAAGGAGAAGAUGGAAAAAGAUGUUCCCAAGUUAUUGUGUCGCAUAGGCAUAAACGAUUGCUACGUUGAGAAGCUCAUACUCCAGGGUGUCCAAAGAAUAGAAACAGAACAUAUGUUUAUAUCUUCCUUCGACUUGCUUGACAAAGACGGAUGGCUUCAACAGGACAACGAGAUAUCGUUUGAAUUCAGCUCCACGUCUCUCGAAAUUAUUGAAUGUGGUGUCCAGAUCGUGGUAGACAAAACCGACUGAAACAGAAGCUAUUAGAUCAAGAACACUCCAAUAAGUCGCGAGGAACAUCAAAAGCUGUUCGACAGCAGCAGGCAAGAUGAUGACAAUGAUGUUGUUUGCAGAAUGCUCAGCAGCUGGUUGUCUCUUGCUUCUUUAGCUUUUAGAGGUUUCUUAGUCAUUGAAAAUCAAAUUCUUAUAUAUGCAACAUCAGGUAUUUAUUUCUUUUCCUUUAGUCCAUUGCAUACUUUUACCUUCUGCUUUGUAAAUGUCUUUCUGGAAAUUUGGAAAGGCGAAAAGGAUGGAGAAGAAGGACGCUCUUGGGUCGCUUCUUAAGCACAAGGCUUGGCUUCUUCUCUUGGUUCAUGGCCUCACUCUCUGCUACUAAUUGAGUAAAAGUUUAAAUCUUUUCUGAAUACUAUGACAUCACAUUUCUCUCAUCUGAAGUCUGUUAAUUUGUUGUUUCUGUGCUGCAUUGAAUUUGCUUUGAUUAUCUUUCCUUGUGUAAUUAUUUGGUUUAUCCCGGUUAAAUCAUUCACUCA